CAUUACUAGCUGAUACUCGGUUCCGAAACAUGUUUCUCUUGUGAAUUCGUGUUACCUCCAUUAACAAACUUUACUUCAGUAGAAAAUCAGAUGAAAUGAAACUAAAAAUCGGUUUACAACUUGAAUAAAAGUUUAGGACAAGGGCUCGACUUAACUCGGGAUUUUAUACGAGUUAUCUCGCGCCUAAUGUCAAACCAUUACAUAGCUAAUACACACCUAUACCGAAUUGGAUUAGUCGAUAGCAAUCUUUGCGAAUGUGGAGGGUACGAGGAUAUCGAACACAUUGUCUUCGUAUGCCCUAAAUACCACAGAGCAAGAAAAAAACUGUUCGAGUCCCUCCGGAAACGGAAUGCACCACCCACAAUGCAAGUCCGCGAUGCACUUGCCAGCCAUAAUGCCAAUUAUCUUAUCCCUAUAUACGAAUUCAUUAAAGAAAUGAAUUAUCAUAUCUGAACUCUCUAUCUUUCUCUCUGUCCCUGUCUUGCUAUCAAGAUUUUCAUGAACAAUACUUAUCAUCGUUUUUCUUUCUCUAUUUUUCAUCUCAGGUUUUGAUUUCCGAGAGACAAGGACUCAUCAUCCCUCAAUGCUAUUAGUUAUAUAGGAAAAUGUACAUAUUAGUUAUAAGUCACACUAUUUUUAUUUAAUUGUAUUUUGAAAUGUAUUUUUAACAAGAAAAGAUGAGAGGGUUUUUAUGCCAGUUUGAGGAAGAGCAGUCGGGAUACAGGCUCUACUCAAGCUGGCUUUUCCCUACUCCAAAGGACAUUCGGCCCCGUUAUGCUUAGCGGUUGGGCCUAAAUAAAUAUUAGAGUUUAAAAAAAAAAAAAAUUUAGGACAGGAAGAAAUUUUUUGUUCUUCACCAACGUUGUUGUGUUUUACAAACCAGCAAAAAAUAUGUAUUAGUGGAAUCAACUACCGCAGAUAGAAAGGUCUAUAUAAACGUAGACUCUGAUCUGGACAUCUGAUAAAAAGGGUAAAACCAUCAGCAUGUCUUCCAAUUUUAGGUAUACUCUUAUCAAAGUUUUUAAAAACUAUCAAAUGUAUGUGCCAGAAUUAGAAUCAGUAACAAUUUUGGAAGCUAUUAUACAGAUAUGUGACGAUUAUAUUGAUACUAAUACUUGCUCAAAAGCGUGCUUGAAUCGUAAAAUCGAAAAAGUUCGCGAUACUCAUCAAGACAUUCCCGAGCAUAUGCAUGAAUUGUUUGCGGCAAUUCUACUAUUAAUCCAGUUAUAUUUGCGCUAUCCCAAGGGAAUUGUGAAAGACGAUGAGCUGAGAGAAACAUUGAAAGAACUUCGUUUUUCAAGUAGCUGUACUGAAGAUUUAGUGAAAAUACUGCAUCACCAGCGGGAUGUGCUUACUCGAAAUUACCGAGAAAUGCGUAAUCUUCGAUCUGCUCCAAAACGAAUGAUAUGGCGAAUCAACAUUUCAGUUAGCAGAUCAACAAUGCCUUUUCCAACUGUCAUAAUACACAUUAAGAAAGCAGAUGGAGGGUUUCAAAGCUUCGAAAUGAACAUGGCAAUGUUUCAUUGACUUCGUUAUAACGUAGCGUUUUUGUUGCAUGAGUUGCAAAGUCUAGAAAGACGGCAAAGUAUGAAAAAAUCAUGAUAGUACUAUUUAUGUAAUGAAAUAACAUUCUGCAUUUAUAAAUAAAAACAAAACGAUAA